AGGAGCCGCGGCCGCCCCCGCCCUAGCCGCCAGGGCUGCUUCCUAGAAGUCCCCACCACCACCCGCAGAGCUCCCGAGGCCGGGGAGUUCCUUCAUGCCCCUUCUCGCCAAGCGCCUGCCCGCAGCAGGAUCUGCCUUGUCGCCGGCGCCCUUCUGCGUGCGCGCUUUUCUCCCCGGCGGGGUGACUCUCCUCCUCCUCCUCUUCCUCCUCCUCCUCCUCUCCCCCUCCCCUUCUUCCCCGCAUCGCGCUUGAAGAUGCACUUGCAAAGGGCUCUGUUCCUCCUCUCCCUCCUGAGGCUGGCCGCUGUCAGCCUGUCGCUAUCUUCCUGCACGACGCUGGACCUGGAGCACAUCAAGAAGAAGCGAGUGGAGGCCAUCCGGGGCCAGAUCCUAAGCAAGUUGCGCCUCACGAGCCCUCCGGAGACUGUGGGGCCGAGCCACGUGCCCUUCCAGAUCCUGGCUCUAUACAACAGCACCCGGGAGCUCCUGGACGAGAUGGAGGAGGAGAAGGAGGAGAGCUGCUCCCAGGACAACACAGAGUCCGAGUACUACGCCAAGGAGAUCCAUAAGUUUGACAUGAUCCAGGGCUCACCGGAGCACAAUGACUUGACUUUCUGCCCCAAAGGUGUAACUUCCUACUUGUUCCGCUUCAAUGUCUCUUCGGCAGAGAAGAAUAGUACCAACCUCUUCCGGGCGGAAUUUCGGAUUCUGCGAGUGCCAAAUCCCAGUUCCAAAAGGACCGAACAACGUAUUGAACUCUUCCAGGUCCUGAAACCAGAUGAGCACAUUGCAAAGCAGCGCUACCUCAGUGGCCGGAACGUGAUGACACGAGGUUCCCCUGAAUGGUUGUCCUUUGAUGUCACAGAGACUGUGCGUGAAUGGCUUUCCCGUAGAGCAGAGUCAAAUCUGGGACUGGAGAUCAGCAUCCAUUGCCCAUGUAACACCUUCCAGUCUAAUGGUGAUAUUCUAGAAAAUCUGCAUGAGGUGCUGGAGAUCAAGUUUAAAGGCAUUGACAGUGAGGAGAGCCAUGGACGUGGGGACCUGGGAAGCCUGAAGAAGCAGAAGGACCUUCACAGCCCCCACUUGAUCUUAAUGAUGCUGCCCCCACACCGACUUGGAAGUCCAGCCCUAAAAAGCCAGAGGAAGAAACGGGCGCUGGAUACCAAUUACUGCUUUCGAAACCUGGAGGAAAACUGUUGUGUGCGCCGUCUCUACAUUGACUUUCGGCAGGAUUUGGGCUGGAAAUGGGUCCAUGAACCCAAGGGGUACUUCGCCAACUUCUGCUCUGGACCUUGCCCAUAUCUACGCAGUGCAGACACGACUCACAGCACGGUGCUUGGCCUCUACAAUACAUUGAAUCCAGAAGCAUCUGCUUCCCCAUGCUGUGUUCCCCAGGAUCUGGAGCCUCUGACCAUCCUAUACUAUGUUGGAAGGACCCCCAAAGUGGAACAACUCUCCAAUAUGGUGGUGAAAUCCUGCAAAUGCAGCUGAAAAGGACCCAGCACCACACACAGCUGAGAAGAACCACAGAGACCCCCUUCAGCUGGGCAGGAGGCUACUGCAGUGUAGCCUUCUCAAGAUGCAAUCCAGGGCCAUCGCCUCACUUCAAAGACUGUAUACAACAAAAACACUUCUCUGCCUUCCUGCCUCUCUCUGGAAGUUACAUUUAUAAUGUGGUGGCUCGAGGAUGUGAACAUACAUAGACUAGAUGUUUAGCAGUCAAUGCAGAGAAUCUCACUCUAAGGAGAUUUUAUUAAAGCGGUGGACAGAGGGCAGGAAUAUGUAGAAGCCCCCCCCUCGCCCCCACCAUAGCAUUUUCUGCAAAAGGAUGACGAUUUCCUUAUGAAGGAACAUAAUUUCAUAGGAACCAGGCUGAAAUGGAAAUAAUUAUUCUGGAGACAGUGGAUGCAGGAAUCUGUGGUCCAAACAAUGUAAGAGGACCUGUGUCCCAACUGUAAGAGGACCCCGAUUACAAUCAAGGCGAAUUCUUCCACGGCUUCUCUCUUUCUCCCGGAGUCCCUGCUUGAUGUUUUCCGGGUCAAAGUGGACAGCUUUGCUCUUGUGUCCAUUACCAGGCAGUAAAAGUGUUUGUAUUUGCUCUGGUGAUUGAGAUAGAGUAAGAAAAUCUGCACACCUCUUGCACAAGGACCUGGCCGAGGCCACACCUGUCAAGGUUUUACUACGAAGUAUUAAUCUCAAAUAUUAUAAAAAUAAAUAUUUUUUUUUCAAAUUGGAA